AUUUGGUUUAUUUUCAGUAAAUUCAACUCGAUCUAGUGGAUUUUUGAGGUGAUAUCGAUUAUCUGAAUAGUAAAUUUACUGCCGGUAAGUAGAAACUUGUUCUAUUUAUUCGAUUUGUGCAUAGAAAAACCUUUCCAAUUUGGGUAUGUUUCAGUACCACAAAAAACUGUCUACUUUAGAUAAAGCAUUUUUUAUUCUAUUAUCGAUGAUACGUUAUGUUUAAUAACUCUAGUGAUAGAAUUGGACUGAAAGAAUAAAUACCAUAAUCAUUUUUUCGUUUGUACCUAUUACAGAGGCCAAAAUGAGCACCGAAAAGGCGAGUGUUUUUCCUGGAAAUUUGGAGGUUAACAGUGUAGAUGCCGGGAAAGCGAAGCACACUCAAGAAACAGCACCAGUUUUUCGUAACCGGACAAUUUGCUGUGUUCCGGGUUGCAAGCAGCGAUACAAGCCGGGAAUAUCUUUUCAUGCUUUUCCCCCGAUGAGUGAUGAAAAGCGAUAUCGCGUUUGGACGAAGAACCUCAGUUUGAAGUAUGAACCGACUAAGACGACUCGUGUUUGCAGUCUUCAUUUCAGCAUUAAAAACUUUAUUUCGCCAACCGUUAAUCGACAAACCGACCGCCUGAUACUGAAACCAUCUGCUGUUCCAGAUUCGAGUUUACCCCACGUAUCAGCUUCCAAGGAAGCAAGCAUAAAGCGUCGCGCCGAGAGGGCUGAAAAUCGAUCGCUCCAAAAGGAUUGUCACAAGAAGGAUUUCGAAAAUAUUGAGACGUUCCAGUAUUCCGUGCCCACUUUUAUGGAUGCCGGGAUUCAGGUUGAUACAACCGACAUCGAGAAACGUCAAAUGAAACGGUCAUGUGCCAUCUCUUUUGAUGAGGAUGAAGAUGAACUGGUUGCUUGGACAGGAUUGCAAUCGAAGUCCAUGUUGCAUUUCAUCGGCACUGUUAUAAGUACAUUGAAGGACUUUAAAAGAAAAAAGAAUUCUACAUUGACAAUUGAAGAAGAAAUUCUCAUUGUAUUUGUUAAGCUUAAAACUAAUUUAUCUUUUCGGUGUAUAUCGGUGCUGUUUCGUAUCCAUGUACAAACCGUAUCUGCUUGCUUUCACCGUACGGUUCCAAUUUUGUCCGCAGCCUUGAAGGCUUUGAUAUACUGGCCUACUACAGAACAAAUUGCAAAAAACAUUCCUCAUUACUUCAAGCCAAAAUUCGAAGAUGUGGUUGUAGUUCUUGAUUGCACCGAACUGCCAAUCACGAAGCCCAAAUGCUUGCAUUGUCGCAUAAAUACUUACUCUCAUUACAAGUCACGUGAAACAGCUAAAUAUUUGAUUGGUGUUACGCCCGGUGGAAGUAUUUCGUACGUAAGUUCUGGAUAUGGAGGAAAAUCCUCUGAUAAGCAGAUCGUCAUAGAAGAAGAAGUGUUGGAUCGCUUAGCUCCAGGCGAAGCAGUGAUGACCGACAAAGGAUUCAUGAUAGAUGAAGAAUGUAAACGACGAAAUGUGAAAUUGGUACGUCCUCCAUUCCUGAGAGCACCCCAGACACAGCUGAGCAAAGUGGAAGCAGCACAAAAUGUAUCUAUUGCUGCAGCUCGAGUCCACGUCGAAAGAGCUAUUCAACGAAUUCGAAUUUUUUCGUUCUUCAACAAUAAAAUUGAUAUUCGAUUUUUGCCGAUUCUCGACGAUCUUAUGAUCAUCGCUUGUGCCAUUGUGAAUAUGUCCAGUCCAAUUAUUGCCAAUAAUAAAUUUUAA